AUGACGACCUACAAGGUGACUGUAUCUACUGGUGAACAGAAGUGUGCUGAGACAAUGAACAGCAUUUACCUGACGCUGCUGGACUCAGAGAAGCAGAGCAGUGGAAGAACCCUGGUGAAUAAAGGCAUGUUUUCUCCUUUAAAAACGGAGAUCUCCCUUGACAUCCAUGUGGAGAAGGAGCUUGGAGACAUUGUCCAGGUGAAACUUGAAAAGGAGAAACAUCUUGUCAAUAUUUUUCCAUGGUUUUCUGAGCACAUCAAAGUGAAAACACCCUCUGGAGACUGCUUUGAGUUCCCCUGUUAUCGCUGGUUAGUAGACAACAAGGAAGUGAUUAUCCGUGAAGGCACUGCUCGACUGCCUCAGGAUGACACCAAAUCUUUUCAAGAGCAAAGAAAAGAUGAAUUGGAAUCUAGACAGGAAUUAUUCAGAUGGAAGGAGUGGAGCCCGGGCUUUCCUAUGAGCAUAGAUGCCAAAGUGAAUGAACUUCCUAAAGACGUUCAGUUUGAUGGAAACAAACAGUCAGAAUGGGAUUGGGAUUUUAAAAAAGUGUAA